UGUAUUGGUUCUGAAUGGUGGGGCUGAAACUUGAACUGAGAGCAGAAGACAAAUGUAGGCUACUUUUUGUUGUCGCAUUUUUGUUUUCCCUCACGCGAGACACAUAACGUUAGACAUUAAUGUGACGAAAGAGUUUUCCCCGCGACUAACGUUAGGAAUUUAUUGAAGAACAGUCUAAAUUGUGAUAAACAAUGGCUUUUAUGUUGAAACACAUGAUAGGAGGGCAGCUGAAGGAUCUUACCGGGGGUCUAGAAGAGAAACCUGAAGGGGAAAAGACUGAAGCUGCGGCGAAAGGAAUGACCCAAGAAGAGUUCGAGCAGUACCAACAACAGCUGGCGGAGGAGAAGUUGGAAAGAGAUGCCAACUUUGCCCAAAAGAAGGCAGAGCGAGCCACAGUCAGGAGCCACUUCAGAGAAAAAUACCGUCUUCCUAAAAGUGAAUUGGACGAUACUCAAAUUCAGGCUGCGGCUGAUGACGUAGAGCUGCCCACUGAACUGGCCAAGAUGAUCGCUGAAGACAACCAAGAAGAAGAACACAAGCAGUCAGUCCUCGGCCAGAUCACCAACAUUCAGAACGUGGACAUGGACCAGCUGAAAGAGAAGGCCCAGUCCACCCUUGAGGACCUAAAACAGACUGCCGAGAAGUGUGAUGUCAUGUAGGACACAUAAAAACAAGGAUCAGAGGUGAUUUAAAGGGAUUGUUCACCCAGAAAUGAAAUUCACCCUCAUAAAGAAGCCAACUGCUACAGAUCAAAAUUAUGACUUACUAAGUCUGAUUUCCAAGUCUCAUAAAUUUGACUUAUUAAUUAAUAAUGUCAUUUUAAUAUACUUUAUUUUCUAUAUUUAAUGUCGUAUUUGUAAGUGCUAAAGGUGACCUAUUAUGCCCCUUAUUACAAGAUUUAAAAUAAGCCUCUUAUGUCUUUAGAGUGUGCAUGUGUAAGUUUCAGCUCAAAAUACAUCACCUAUAAUGCUUUAUAACACUUUGAAUCUGCCCCUUUGAGGCUUUGAUUCUA